CUGAAGAACCAAUGUACUUGCAAUAUCUUAGAGAAGUCUUUGAACUUAUAUAAAAGCAUCACGUGGAAGUAAUAAUAGAGGCAUGCUACAAUGUUUUUGUAGACCUUUGAGAGGCGGCUCUCGGUGGUGGAAAGAAGGAUCACCAGACUUCACACGCGCUAACUUAAAGCGUGCCAGCCUCGAGCGCAAGCGGCUUGAAGCCAGCCGCUAUCUCCCUCCAGUGGAGCCCACAACAAACCAAGCAUGUUCCCUUUACCGUCAGCUUCUUAAGAAGGGCAAGAAGGAUCUAGUGAUCACUGACAAUGAAUAUUUUCGCCGAAAGGUCCGUUUUGAAUUCGAAGUAACCUCUCGGCAGACGAGCGCGCGGGUCCGCGGAAUUAUGUACGAAAAAGGCCUCUGGAUGUUAAAGAACCGGUUAGGGGGGCUGAUGUGAGACUUCCUCCCUGUAUUGUCUGCGUUGUAUAGAUUGGCAAAAACAAAACUUGAGUUUUAAAACGCUCCUCCGGAUGG